UCGGAUUCGGAUCAUCAACUCUUUUGGACCCCGUUUACAUCUGUAUUUAGCGCUGACCGCUUGAGAUGGAUUUUAACAGGCUACCAGAUUUGGACGAGGCUGUAGAUGCACCAAACCUCUAGGCUAAUGAAAAUGAGUUUACUUUGGAUCGCUUUUGUGGCAGUCAUGCUAGUUAAGUCUGAUGGGUUUUUUGUGCGUGGUCCCUCUGGUCCUCUGGUUGUUCGUCUGGGAGGUUCAUUGGUUUUGCCCUGUUAUGUUGAUGAAGCCCUACCUCUGAAAGGACUGAAAGUGAUUUGGAUAAAAACAGACUCAAAUACUUUAGUGCAUGUGUAUCAAGAUGGUGAGAGUCGACCAGAUGCCCAGUAUCAGGAUUAUUACAACAGAGUUAAUUUCUUUACUGACUACAUUAAAAAUGGAAACUUCUCCCUCCAUCUGAAAAAUGUGAGAGCUGAAGACAAGGGUUUUUACAGAUGUAAGGUUUACACAGAGCAGGAAUCUGAUGAAACCCUGGUUCAAAUUAAAUCAGUUGAGCAUUUGCUAGUAUCAGGAUCCAGUCAUCCCAUAUCUGCGUAUGUGGGUGAGGACGUCACUUUGAACUGCUCUGUAGACUCUCACAUCCCACCUGAGGAGACUGAUGAGGUUUCAUGGAGGAAAACAGAUGCAAGCAUAACAAUAUUGGGUUUUGAAAAGAAUACAAUAAUUACAGAUGAACAAUAUAGACACAGAGUUGAGUUCUUCUCUGCUGAAAUCUCCAAAGGAAACUUCUCUCUCAGACUGAAGAAUGUCAGAACUGAGGAUAAAGGAGUUUACAUGUGUUACGUGUCUGCUGGAAAUUUUUCAGCCAAUGCAACUGUGUCACUGGAACAACUGGGUUUCUCUGUUUUUCACAUACUAGUGUUGAUUUUCUGUAUUGCUGCAUCUGGAUCUGCACUGCUGUUGUCAAUUCUGUGGAUUCAAAAGAACAGAUCACCAAAUACAGAUGGAGCCGUGUAUCUUCUUGUGUCUUUAGCCUGGGUACCAAACCUUUUAAUGUUCUUUGCCUUUUUGUUUUGGGGUGUUUCUGAAGGAUUUGUGAGUGAGACUAUUGCAUGCUGUGCUCAUUAUUUUCUGAGACCUUGUCUGCUGUUAUGGACAGCUCCACAUUCAGAAUGUUUCCCAGGAAAUCGUGCAACAACUAUGCACUGCAUUGUCCAUCUACAGUAUUCUCUGUUUACAAAUAUAGUUUAUUCAGUUCUUUUUCAGUCUUUUUGGGAAAAAAGUCUGAAAUAUACAGAAACUGACAGAGUAUUUAUAACAAUCCUCUUUGGAAUAAUGAUUCUGAUAUGCAUUAUCAACAUCAUUUUCUUACUGGCCGAAUUCAUUCGAAAUAAAGAUGGUAACAUGCGUGCCCUAUUAGACCUUGUGUCUGAUAUUGGUCAUGAUGUUCUGCCUCCACUACAACUCAUCUUCCUGUUCUAUGCUUUUGAAGCUGCCAGACGAGCACUAUUCGUAAUUGGAGUUUUUCCACUGUUCUUAACGUUGACCAGAUAUAAUUGGGAAAAUGCAUGUGUGAAAAAACUGGAACGUUUACGCUCACUUAGGAGAGCAGCAUGGUUGAGUUUCAUGAUAGUGGUGAAUGUAAUAGUGGUUUAUUCAUACCUCAUAACACUGGAGAAAGAAAAAGAUUGUGUUGGAUGGGUCUGCGUAGCUGCAUUUCUACAAGUUCUCUGGGGAAUUGUUGUCCUGAAACAUUCAUUUGGUGACCUGGGUCAAUCAGAAAAAGAUGAAACACGUAAAGAAAAUUCAGGUCAAUCGGAAAAAGAUGAAACACCUAAAGAAAAUUCAGGUCAAUCGGAAAAAGAUGAAACACCUAAGGAAAAACCAGACCUUCCUUUCAGACGCAUUGUGUACAUUUCUGGAUCUGUUGGUAUUGUUCUAGUGAACUCCAUUGCGUUGAUAUCAGAACUGAUCCUGAAUAAGAUUAAUGGUGAGCGUUCAGUGGAGGAUCUGAGAAAAGUUGUCUUUUCCUCUGAAUGCCUCUUUGCCUGGUUUGUUCUGCUGUUAAUCAUUUUUGAACCUUUCAUUAAAAAGGUUCAGCAGCAUUUUCAGAACUCAGCAGGAUCCAAUCCAGACAACAGCUCCCAGCAUGUUUCUCAGAACCACAACGCAGCAGAACUGUAUGAACUGAGACCUCUAAGAGAGACCGAAGAACAGGUGGCUGAGAGAAACAGAUGAGAUGCAGCCUGAUCACUGAAAUGAGAAAACAACAAGAUACUGACAGAUUCAUCCUCAAUGUUUACUUAACUUCACUGAACUUCAUUGAACUUUAUUUCUGGAGUUGGUUUACUGUAAUUAAGUAAGUUGAAAUGACUUGUACAACCAAGUUGAUUAUAUUUAAAAAUGUAAGGCGGCGACUGAACUUAAGCUGAAAUAGGCGAACAUUUUUUUUACAGUGUAUAGGAACAUAUAUGCAUAAGAACGUAUAUGCUUAUAUGAACACUAUUAGUUUCACAUCUCAUUCAUUGAUAAAUGCAGUACUCUUGUUCAAGGGAACCACAAAUAUGGAGCUGUAUGACUCUCUUUGGUGCUUUACUGUGUUUACUUGUAUUAUAAUAGUUUUACCUUUUAUUUUUAUGCUGGGUGUAUGUGUAAUCUAGAUAUGAAGUCAUAGUGUAAAUGUUUCAUGGUUUCCUCAUGUCUAUGUCUAUAUCAAUAGUUCUGAUUUUUUGUAUUUGUGUAUGUUACUCAUUAACCUUGCAACACUGAAUUAACAUGUAAAUCUGGACGCUAAUGUUUUAUGAUGUGUAUUCAUUAUGUUUGUUAAUACAUUAUAUUCAGUUAACCUUAUUGUCUAAACAGUGUUUUGUCACCCUAUA